UUUUUUUUUCAGGAAAGUCAUGUAACUAAAGGUAACUAAGUAAACAAGUCAAUCCUACCUAUAGGACAUAACACUUAAAAAUGGCUCAUGAAUAUGGCGGAAAUAAAAAACUAUAUCCUGGAGUUACAGGACCUUUAAGCCUUGCAGAGCCUAGAUUACAAGAUAAUGAGUUAACAGAAAAGUUGGUUGAAGCCCUUAAACCACAUAAUGUGUUUGAAAGUGAUGCUGAACUUAAUCAUAGGCUUGAAGUUUUGGCUAAGGUAAAUGAUCUUAUGAGAGAUUGGAUAAAAGAUGUCAGCAGGCAAAAGAACAAUAUUCCAGAAAACUUGGUAGAUACUUUUGGAGGAAAAGUUUUUACCUUUGGUUCUUACCGUAUGGGUGUACACACACAAGGUGCUGAUAUUGACACACUCUGUGUAGCACCUCGACAUGUAGAGCGUUCAGACUUCUUUAAAUCAUUUUUUGAACUUCUUAAAUCUCAACCUGAAGUUAAAGAUUUACGGGCAGUUGAGGAAGCUUAUGUCCCUGCUAUCAUAGUAGAGUUUGAUGGUAUUGAGCUUGAUAUGGUCUUUGCCCGUCUUGCUUUACCCACCAUCCCAGAAGACAUCAACCUCAGAGAUGAAGCUCUGUUGAAAAACUUAGAUGAGAAAAGUGUCCGCAGUCUUAAUGGUAUUAGAGUGACAGAUGAAAUUUUGCAUCUUGUUCCAAAUCAAGAAAAUUUUCGAAUGACACUACGUGCUAUUAAGUUGUGGGCUAAAAAGAAAGGGAUUUAUUCUAAUGCUCUGGGUUACCUAGGUGGUGUAUCGUGGGCCAUGCUUGUUGCUAGAGUUUGCCAGUUAUACCCCAAGGCUGCCCCGGCAACCAUUGUCCACAGAUUUUUCCUUGUUUUUUCAAAAUGGGAUUGGCCGUCUCCUGUGUUAUUGAAACCACUAGAUACAGAAAACAAACUUGGCUUUACUGUAUGGGACUCUAGGAUAAAUGCUUCUGACAGAUUCCAUCUGAUGCCCGUUAUCACUCCUGCAUACCCUCAACAGAAUUCAACAAAGAAUGUCUCACAAUCCACUCGCACUAUCAUUAUGGAUGAAUUUUCUGAGGGGUUGAAUGUAGUAACACAUAUUUAUGAAGGAAGAGAGGAAUGGAGCAGAUUGUUCGAGCGGUCAGAUUUUUUCCACAAGUAUAAACACUAUAUUGUAGUUAAAGCCAGUGCUGAAGAAGAGGACCAUUAUUUAGAGUGGAAAGGCUAUGUGGAGUCCAAAAUACGUCUUUUGGUUGGCAAUCUAGAGAGGAAUCCUAAUAUCAAACUUGCACAUAUUAUGCCAACAUCUUAUGGUCCCAUAAAUGAGAGUGAAGGUCAGUAUAUGUGCAAAUGGUUUAUUGGGCUGGUGUUUGGUCUUGUAAAUCAGGGACCACAACCAGGUGCAAAUGUCGACCUCACCUAUGAUAUACAGUCAUUCUCAGAUGUUGUACAUAAACAAGCCACCCAUAUAAAUUUGUACAAAGAAGGUAUGAAAGUGGAAAUUCAGUAUGUUAGAAAAAAACAUUUAUGUCAGUUUGUAUCACCAGUUAUAUUAAAUCAAACUAAAAGGAAAAGACAAGACAGUUUUAAAAGUUCAUCUGGAAACACAAGACGUACCAGUUUAGACAGAGGUCCAGGGGGUUCUUCAUCUACUACAUCAGCAUCAGGUGGAAAGGCAGAUCAUGAUUCAGAACUUUCUAAAGCUAUUGCUGCUGCUGAAGAAGAUGAUACUUCACAAGAAUCAAGUUCUGAUCAAGAAAGCAUGCAGUGGAACUCAGAGGAAACACCCAAUAGUGGUGGAACUGUUAGUACUUUUGAGGAUGAAUCAGAAAACCAUGAGGGUGUUGAUGAUAUAGACCGACAACUCUUCAAAGUAAAACUGGCGCAACUAACGUGAUAAACAGCUCAAAUUGCUUUAUAAUAUCAUGGAAACUCUGACUUUUAUUACCUUUUUUUUACUAAUAGAUAGAUAGAUACACAUUCUAAUAUUCCUGGGUAUAUAGUUGUUUGACAGUUAUUAAAUUUAGUACCAUCUUGACUAAUUGUAUAGUUCAGAACCAGCAUGGGUACAGUUAUUGGUAAGGAUAUUUAGGAAUAAAUUAAAAUUACUUUGGGUACAAAUUAAUCUGCUGAAUUUCUCUUAACCCUUUAUUUCUUUUUUUAAUUAAUUUUUAGUUUACAUUUGGGAUUAUUUAUAGGAGAAUGUAAGUGAGUCAAUAUCUAUUACCUCUGUAAAGUUUACAUAUAGUUUAGCUUACAUCAACUUAUCAUUCCUUGUAGGGCACUUAUAAAAGCUACUGAAGCAUCAGUUUAAAACAAAUCUUUGGGAAAAAAAAUUUUUAAACAAUUUUUUUAAUACAUUUGAAAAUACUUUGGCCCAAACCCUCAUUGAAACAUUUUUAAAAAAUAUAAAUCUGAAUAUCCACUAGUCUAAACCCUCAUUGGCUGAAAUCUAACUGCUGGC